AGAGUCCGCGUGUUUCUUUACGUUUCCAUGAUGCAGUGUUAUUUUGGUUCGUGUGUUGUUGUGGAGUUCAAACCGGAGUAUUUGAGUCUUGUUUUUGUUCCGUUUUGUUUAUUUUUUAGUUUUUAGGGAUAUUUAAAUACCAUGAUGCCGGGAGUGAACCAGUCCGGGGCUGGAGGAAUCGCAUCAGAAGCUACUUCUGGCACUUGUCAGAACUGCACUGUUUUAAAUCAGAGCCUGGAUGAGUAUGUGGCUGCUUUAUUGACACUGAAACAGAAGAUCAUCGACACAGACCUCCUGUUGUGCGAGUAUAAAGAGAAGUGUGAUGAGCUUCAGAAAUCUCAAAGAGAGAGCGCUAAGCUGCACAAAGAGCUGGACGAGGUGCUGCUGAAACUCGGCCCCUUAGAAAAGCAGACGGCAGAGUACGAGGCGGUCAGGGCUGAGCUGGAGGAAACCAAGGCUGCCUUAAAAGAGUGUCAGGCGAAAUCGGAGAAAGUGGACUGUUUGAGAGACGAGAACGCUAAGGCACUUGCUAUGAAUUCAAAGCUUGAGGAAGCUGUCAAGAAGGCAGAAGAUGUAGCACACACACAGAGUCUAGAAAAUACUAAGCUGAGAUCUGAGAAGGAAAUGCUGGAAAGCGACCUGCAGCGCACUCAGGAGUCUCUCAGACUGAGUGAACAGGCAGUGGAAGAGCUGGAGAAUCUGAAGCUGCAGAACGCAAAGGCCCUUAUUCUAAAAAGCAAUCUUGAAAAUCAGCUCCUGGCACUUGAAGACAUGAACCUGAAGCAGAAUCAGACAAUCCAAGACCUGAAGAGCAAAAACACUAGCCUUGAAAAAAGCAUGAGAUCAGUAGAGGAAAAACUCGUAACAUUGGAAAAAGAGUUUAACAAAGAGACGAGGUGUUCGUCUACGCAAACUGAGAACCAGACAAAAGUUGAUAAAGCUAAAAUCUGGAGCCUUUUACAGGAAGUCUGGCAUUGUGUAGACCCUCUGUCCAAAACCCCAGAAAAUCUGGACUUGAACGACAAUCAGCGCUUAAUGUUCAGACCUCCUCCUUGUCCACUCCCAAUCAGUCCAGUUAGAAAUUCAGUGCCUCAGUUAACAGUCUCGACUCCAAAAGGAGCUAAAGUGUCUCCAGGAAAGAGCCGAUCCGAGUCUAGUUUAGCAAGUGCGUGCAGUCCGAGUAAAGAGCAGAAGAAAAAGAAAAUCAGCAGGAAGAAGAAAAGAAGCUUGGAGUCUGUGGAUGAAGAUGAAAGCUGUGCAAAGACUGAUGAUGUCAGUGAUUUGUCGCUUAAUAAAGAUGGUCCUGAUGAGCAUUUAUUAGAGCGAGGAACCUGCAGUAAAUCCCCUGACGUAUGGGAAAUUCUCAGCCUCUCUUGGCCUUUACCUGCACCUUUAUCUCCACUGCCUCCUGAUGAUUUGGCUGAGAUGGAGGUUGACACAAGUCUGAAGGAGGGUUCAAAUUCAGAAGCUGAAGAUGGCCAAAAAUCACAGUCCACAGAGCUAGAACCUUUGAAGGACAGUGUAGCAGUUUCAUCUGUUUGUUUGUCUCCAGGAAACCAACUGAGUAUGGGAACAUCAUCAAUCACUCCUGAUACUGAUAACAAGAGCCCUCAAAAAGGUUCGACAGAGAGCCAAGAGAUGCAAGAAGAAAACAAGUGCAAGAUAGAGGGAAACACUGAAGAUUCGCCUUCUACACCUGCCACAGCAGGUUUACAUAAUGAAUCGGAUAAGGAGCAGGUUAACUUAACCCAAGCCACAAUAAUUCCAGCAGAAUCACAGCUGGGCAACAAGAAAGAACAUACAAAUCAGACCAUCAGUACACAGCAGUGUAAUGGAGGCCAUGAAGUACCUAAAGCAAACUGUAAUGAUGGAGUCAGAGAGGUUUCAGAGCCUGUGCAGCAGCUAAUAAUUUCUGAGAAGUGCAAAGAUGAAAAAGAUGAAUCUGUCCAGCAUCAAUCAGAAGUUAAAGCAAACUUGCCUGGAUAUUCUUCACUAACUCCAGAUACCUGUACCAUGACUGAAAGAACGGUAGAGGAAAUCCAGAGUGUCCCAGCUUUAAAGAUGGUGGAAGGUCAAAACGGCUAUGGUGGACAAGACGGUGAAUCCUCCUGUAGUAAGAUGAAUGGUGUAACGUCUGGAGAUUCCUCAGAAGACGAGGAGUUCUUAGGGCUGAAGAGGAAAGUCAGAGGGAUUGGCUUGAGACCAGCGGAUUUGGACAGUGUUGGUUCAAACGGAAAGCAAGAACCUGUAGCUCAUGUUCAGGGAACAAUCUGUGAAGCCAAAGAAGAGCAUCUUCAACCAGAGGAUGAGAAAGACAAUGAAUUUGUAAAAGACGACAGCAUUACCAUGAAUAUGUGCAAACCUGUAGUUCUUGAAGACAGUGCAGGGGUAGACAUUGAGCAGGAGACAGGACAAACAAAGGAGAAUACCCAUGAAUCAGAGAACUAUCCCAACCACUCUGUACCAAUUCUUGAUGAACACAAUAAACAAGAAGAAUCUGAAACUUUUAGUCCAAACAUUGAAAACAUGGAUGGUGAUGUAAAAGAAGAUGGUGCCGUACCGAAUGACCCAAGUGUUAAAUCUCAAUAUAUUUGUCCUGCGUCUUCAAUAAAUACCCCUCCACUGUCUAGUUUGGUUAAAAGUCUGAAUCUACCUCUCUCAGAUGUUGCCUUUAGAAAUGCACUUGCCUCAUCUCAAUCUCCAGAAUCAAUUGGAAAGGUUCUUACAGAGAUGGGUCCUCCGCUACCUCCAGUUCUUUUACCACUGACUGCAACUCCUCCAAAAUUUAGGAAGCACCUUACUCCAAAUAGACCAACUAUCCAGUUGCCUACCUGGUCAUCAACAGAAGGGCCAUUUUCGCUCAAGCAGCAGUCAAAAGAACAAUCUCCAGAUCCUGGCCUUCAAGAAGAAGUAAAGUCAUCACUUUCUAUGACCACCCCUUCACCAUCACGUGGAGUUCCCUCUUCUCCUUUGCAAUUUGGAUCAGCAACUCCCAAGCAUGCGCUUCCCGUCCCAGGUAGACUGCCCUCGUCUGCAUUAAACUCCCCGUCUCCUGUGUCACAGGAGAACUCCAUGCAGAUACUGGAUACCAUGUAUCCAGAGCUUUCAGCCCAAGCAAGGACUCUAAAUAUUCUACGGGGUAAUGUUAACCUUGGGAGGUCUGCAAAUGAAAAUGGGGCCUCCCCACCUUCCGUCAAUCCCAUUUCAGGGAAUAAAACGAUCAACUCCUCAUCCACGGCUUUCACAAAGACAGACCAAAAGGCAAAAAGAAUUGGUGCAAAUGUGUUACUACCCAAAAGUGCCAAAAGGCUUAGACUUGAUACAUGUUCACCUGAUCCUGCAAGGCUUACCCCUCCAGUGCAACCAGUUAGUGAUGAUAAGCCAAGUAAUGGUGUAGCAUCACCAAAAUCCUGUCCAGCUAAUGGUCCAUCAAGCAACAGUGAAACAGCAAGAAAAGAAGGUGAAACCGUAGACGAUAUCAGUGAUGCACAGUCCCCCAUCAUCAGUGCAUUCGAAAAACUUAACAACUCAAAUUUUGAUGUGCUGCCCGUCAUCCGGAGUCAUGUGUUUCUUGGAAGAAUAUCUGAAGUUCCUGUCCUAAGAGAUGAAGAAAAAUGUGUCAUUUCUGAUUUUUGUCUAAAGCAGUCCACAGCAGAGGAGUUUAUGCUGGCCAUUUUGUCAAAGAUCAAGCUGGAGAGAGCUGUUAUGAAACACGAGCUCCUGCAGUCCCUCUGUAGGGUUUACGUAGGCUUGUGUCGAUGGGCAGGAGACUGUCAGAGAGCUCAUGCUCUCGCUUACAGUCUUCUAAAAGAAGACUUUCCUGAAGCCCCAAAGCUUGUUUUAUUUAUGGUGACAACGUGGCCAACUAUUCUGUCCCACGACAGCCUUUUGUGCCGAGCCAUUAACGUAGUGAGCAAGCUGAGAGCAGAGGGAGAGAUAUUAGACUACCUCAACAAGUAUCUGCACUGGGAUGAGAGGCCUCCAGGUGACCUCCACGAGAUGGUCACCACCACACUGAAGGCUCUUCUUGAGGAUGGCACUUUGAUGUUCCAGAAGCAGGAUCGUCAUGGUUAUGACCUCUGCCCUGCUGCCUGGGAUUAUAUAUUCAGCCUGGAUCUCCUCUGUGCACAUCUGGGCUGGAAAUGGACCCAUGACAAUAUUGUGGGAAAAGAGCUUUGGCCGGUCAUGAACGCCUGGGUGUCGCAACCAAGACCUCAGCAAACACCGGUCCGGGAUAUUUGUGUAGCAGCAGUUUUAAGGCUGAUUGGACGACUUGGCCAACUGGGCCUUAAGGAGAAACUAUGCAUGUCCGUUCAAAAUGUUGCAAAAGCCAUAAACCUGUUUGGGAAACAUGGAAUAUCAGAAGGUGUACCGUGGGAGGUGCAGCUUGCCGCAGUCUACGCCAUUUAUGAUCUGUCUCCCAGCAAUCCUAAAGACGCCCUGGAGGCUUUGGCAUCAUGGCGGGGAGAAAUCACACAACCGGUUCCACCAGCCAUCACCAGCUGCAUUACUCAGAUCGGCUCCAUAUGUCGCCAGAUCAGACCAUAGAUUCAGCAUUUCUACAGCAUUACCUGUAUUUUUAUUUGCACAGUCUUUUUUUUUUGUCUCUAUUCAUGUGGAAUAUUUGAGUGCUGUUGAUUUUGUGUCAUUUGCAGGUCAUUAACGGUGCUCAUUUGUAAAUUCUUGUACAUCUUGUACAUUAUCUAUGUAGAUAUGUUGUUAAAUUUAACAUUUGUCUACCUAAGGAAAGAAAGAAUAUGAUUUUGAAUAUUAUAUUGGAUUCUGUGGGGUUUGUUUGUUUUUUGUUUUUUUUGCUACUUGUGCCACAAUUACAUCUAAAAACAUUUUCAUCUAAAAACACAUCCUGUGAAUUCCUGCUCUCCAGUCUAGCCUGGCUAACAUUUAAUUAAUAAGCAAGGUAGUUUGCAGCAACCAAGUGUUUCUUAAUAAUACAUGGUUCUCUUAUAAAUCAAAUUUGCUUCUAUCAGGUAAAUAGCUAGACAUUGUCUUGAGCUAGGAAGCUGAGGUUUGGGCAGCCAGAAAACCUGACACAUUUCUGUCCAACCGGACAUAAGCAACUACUCUCAAGAGUCUCAACUAGUCUCAAGACCUUUCAUGUACAAAAAUCUUUUUAUUUGCACAACAUGGGAACAUUAUGGGCAACAGCAUGAAUUUACACAGAUUAAGACCCCCAUUCCACAAGAUACUAAGUAUGAAGUAAAAUAACUGUCGAUGAGCUAAUAAUAAACCAUGUGGUGCUGUUGGAUACAGAGCAGAGUAUAACUACAGGGGUUAGGCAAUGAAACUAAAACACUGGCUAAUGUAGAGUUGGAGGUCUCACGUCUAUAUAUAUGCGGCCUGAUGGCCAGUCUUUGCAAGUCUUUAAUGUUUCAUACAAAAGAGCAGAGCAAUAACACUGCUGUAAAUAAAGUUUUGCAAUCCACACAACAUAAUGGGAAACACAGGACAAAUUGUUGGUGCGCAUCUCGCUGAUGCAUCUAAGACCAGGACAGCAAUUGUUUGUGGUGUAUUGAGAGCCACAGUAUUGUGGGAAAUAAUUUUAUAGUUUAGAGUGUAUAUGAAGGGACAGCAUGAUUGACAUUAGGGAUAAUUUAUUGACCAGACCGUUUGGGUUUGACAAUAUAGGGUUUAACACGACAGGUAGGUUGAGAAGCCUGGCUACAUUUGUUAGCUUUGUAUUUAGUCUGAACGGCCUGUGAAGAGCGAGUGGCAGUAUUGGUGACAUCAAUUUGACAGACAUUCUCAGCAGUAGGAACAACUCGGACAGAAGUGUCAAAUUUGUAGUAGUCAGGGUUGGAGAUGUGCCCAAGGCCAUCGUGCCCAGUUACAAACGUGUUGAUACCUCGAGAAGAAAAGAGAUUGUCUCUAAGCGCAUGCAGAGCGCCUUGAACGGAAGCCAUAGUUGCAGGAGAGAUAGCUAGGAUUAAAUAUGCAGAAGGAUACAUAAGAGAACAGCUAGUACAUUUAAUAAGACGAAUAAUGAUAAUUAAAAUUAAGCAACAGAAAUGGAGCCGUGGCCCUGAGAACUUACACGUGCUGUCCUCUGUGUUCAAAUGAGCCGUUUGAUGAAAGUGAGCUGGACAAAGUCCUACUGAUAAGGGCGAAAACACCCAUAUUUUUUAUAAAACAAUUCUCAAAAAUUUGAUUAUAAUGAUAUUCGAAAAAGCUACAAAGUAAAAGAUAAUGGUGUCCAAAAAGAAAAUAGGUGGGACUUUCUCAGCAAAAA